AUGACAGCAUCCGAUAUUCUUUCCGCGCGAUAUGAACCAUUGAUCGUUCGAUCAUUCUUCGACCAUAAGACAUCCGUCAACUACGAUGGUCGUACAAAACCUCUAGUUUCCAUCCAAGUCACCGAACUAAAUGAUGGAGUCUUCAUUGGCUGCUCAAUGAACCACGCUAUGGCUGAUGGAGCCUCCUAUUGGAAUUUCUGGAACACACUGUCCAAUAUAUUUCAAACGGAUGAAAGUAAAAAGAUUGAACGUCCUCCUGUAAACCUGAAACGGUGGUCCUCAGAGGGACGCGGUCCUUUAGUUGACUUCCCAGUCACUUUUCAAGAUGAGUUUAUCACCAACGUCGAUGUGCCCGAAGGUCAUGUAUCAAGAAAAUUUCACUUCUCGGCAGAGUCGGCCGCGAAACUGAAAGCGAAAGCAAAUUCAGAAUGCAAUACCACUGUGAUUUCAUCAUUUCAAUCGUUAGCCGCGCAUUUAUGGAGAUCCGUAACGAAGGCGAGGUGUCUGCCGAGCGAUCAGGUAGUUUCCUGUAACCCAGCUGUAAACAUCAGACCCAGGAUGAAGCCUCCUUUACCUCCUGAUUGUUUCGGGAGUAUGGUCAGUUCGGCCUCUGGUCAAGCUACUGCUGGCGAGCUCCUCGAAAAAAGUCUCGGUUGGGCGGCGUGGCAGAUACACAAAGCGAUCGUGGGCUUCACGGAUACUUCGGUGCGGGAAUUUGCGGAUGAAUGGGUUCGCACGCCAUGUAUAGUUGAUAUUACUAAGUUGUUCGUUCCUACUGCGAUGAAUAUCGGUGGUUCGCCGUGGUUCGAUAUGUAUGGGAAUGAGUUCGGGAUGGGCAAAGCGCUGACGAUUAUCUGUGGAACGGUGCUCAGGUUUGACGGGAGUAUAGAUACGUCUCCUGGACGUGAGGGUGGAGGAAGUGUGACUUUUCGGGUGUGCCUUGCAGCUCCUGCGAUGGAAGCACUGGAAUCUGACGAGGAGUUCAUGGCCUUUGUUUCUAGACCACUCCAAAGAGUAUAG